GAGGCAAGUAACUGAACAUGUCAGGACCCAACCUUCCCAAACUACAAGAUGCUAUAAACCUCAGAACUACCGACACUAGUAUAAUCACUCACUAUCAGAUACAGAGUGCUCUGGAACUAAGGUUGGACUCUUUUGAUGGAGAUCCUCGAACUGUUCACUGCAGUGUUAGCAGUCUCCCUAGUCCAGUCAGAAACUCUUUUUACUCGGAUCCAGGCAAUAUAUUGCUAGCAGAGAAUAUCAGACGGAACAGUAAAUACCUGACCCAGCUUUUGACAUGCAGAGUUAAAUCCGCUCCUAUUGGGCUCCUACAUCCUACCAUGGGUUUGAGAACAAAAGCUCAAGCAACUACUGGCGACACUACUCGAGGUGCAAUAAGCGCCAAGCCCAGAACAGCAGCUGUAACUGUCAGUGCUGUUCCUGCAACAGAGCCCGUUACAUCCCACCGAACAGAGGAGCGUAAAACAAAAAAAUCUGCUCAGAAUCAGCGAUUCAUGAUCAUUCGAACAGCUCCAGCAAAAACAAACAAAGGGCCUCCUGUAGAGUCUAAUCGUAAAACUAAGAGGGCCAAUUCGGCCAAGUUUCAGGAGCCGCUAAGAGCCCGGUCUUCAGUGCGACGUAGAUCAGAAAGUUUCACCACCCGCACCAGGACUACCUCAGAACUGGGCACUAACAAUCGGUCUUUUAGUGCGGAGCCCCGGAGAAAUGGUGUUUCACUGAACUCCAAACGUGAACAAAACAUAGCGUGGUCCCGGACUAAAGGGAGUCAGGGGUUGUCCUUGUCUAAUAUCUGCAGACCCCUGCCGAUUUCUUAUAACAACUUUCUUGUACAAACCACAUCUUCAACUUGAUUGAGAGAUUAUGGCACUAUUGUUUGUUGUUGAUAUUAUUUUGUAAUUCCACUGAAAGCUAAAAUCAUUUUAUUUUGUAACUACUGUUGAACAUGGCUCUUACUAAAUGGCCCAAAAAUUAUCACGUAUCUUGGGUUGUUACGGUUUUGCAGCCGAACAAAAUUGUUUUACAGAAGUCCCAAUCCCGACCAUAACCUUUUCCAUUGUUAAUGGACUAACGCGCCGCGCUACUUCGUAGCACUAGCAGUUGCCUCGGCCGGGGCGCGAUGAGAUUGCGACCGUUCUGCAUUCUGUGUAAAUUUGGGGCCAUCUACUUUGUACUUAGGACGUACGUACGUCCAGCAAAUAGGGACAAGGGAGGGGUGGUUUUGGAAUUUCGGACAAAUCCGGGGAGGGGGAUCGUUUCUGAAAAUCCGGACGUCCGGAAACUUUGGCAGAAGUAUAAACGAAAAAACCAAUUUAUUUCAACUCUUUGACACUAAUUUGUAAUUACUCUGUAACAUGUAAGUUUAGAUCCCUGUAAUAUUUUGAAAGCGAACUUAAAUGUACUUAAAUGUAACUGUGCUAAACUUGUUCAACAC